GUUGAACGUGUUUGAUGGACAUCUUCAGCGACGCGUCUACGUUUUGCAUUUCGUUUUCGUUCACCCUUCGUUACGUCUUUCCUUCGUUUCCCCUUUCCCCUUUCCCCCGUUGCUGCUUUCUAUUCUUUUUUCCAUCUUAUUUACUUCUUACAUCUCUUACCACUUACGCCCUUCUCCUUGCUUUCUUCUUUCUUCUUCUUCAACUUUUUUUUUUCUCUGUUUCUUUUGACUGUGAGUCUUUUUUUUUUCUUGCAACCACAGAAUGAACGAUCCCUGUUUUGUUUAGAAUUUAGAUACCCUUUCUUCCUGUAAUUUUCUUCGUUCUUCGUCGUUGUUUUUUGAUCCUUCGAACCAGAAAUGGGGAAGAGUGUGGAUUUUGAUCCGGAAGAGAAUGGUGUUUGUUCGGAAUCGAUUAAUGGGGGUCGAGAUGUUUGGAGUUGUAAUGGUUCUGCUUCUACGGCUGAUCAUCUUGUUAUCAUGGUCAAUGGGAUUCUAGGAAGUUCCACCGACUGGAAAUUUGCAGCUGAGCAGUUUGUUAAAAUGCUCCCUGACAAAGUGAUUGUUCAUUGUAGUGAAAGCAAUGUGUCUACACUGACAUUAGAUGGCAUAGAUGUCAUGGGUGAGAGAUUAGCUGUGGAGGUCUUAGAAGUAAUUGAACGAAAGCCAAGUGUAAGGAAGAUUUCUUUUGUUGCACAUUCCAUGGGAGGACUGGUAGCAAGAUAUGCUGUUGGGAGACUAUUUAGACCUUCUAAAAGUGAAAUUGCAUUGGAUCGUACAUGUGAUGAAGACCCAAGGGGCACAAUAUGUGGUCUGGAGGCAAUGAAUUUUAUUACUGUUGCUACACCUCAUCUUGGUUCAAGGGGUAACAAGCAGGUUCCAUUUCUUUUUGGGGUAACCGCCUUUGAAAGGGCUGCAAGUCGUGUUAUUCAUUGGAUAUUUAGGAGAACGGGUGUACAUCUUUUUCUUACUGAUUCUGAGGAUGGGAAACCUCCAUUACUACGAUGCAUGGUUGAGGAUUAUGGUGACCUUUAUUUCAUGUCUGCUCUUCGUGUAUUCAAACGGCGUGUGGCAUAUUCAAAUGUUGGCUAUGAUCAUAUUGUUGGCUGGAGAACAUCAUCAAUUAGACGUAAUAGUGAACUGCCAAAGUGGGAGGAUUCUCUAAGUGAGAAAUAUCCACAUAUUGUGUAUGAAGAGUACACCAAGGCAAAUGUUAGUAAGGGGUCCAUUUUGAUGGAGGAAGGUUCUGAUAUUCUAGAAGAGGAGCUGGUGACGGGUCUCUCUUGUGUGUCAUGGGAAAAGGUAGACGUUAGCUUUCACAGCAGCAGACAGAGGUUUUCUGCACAUAGUGUGAUUCAGGUCAAAGAUCACUUCAUUCAUUCAGAGGGUGUAGAUGUCAUCCAGCACAUGAUCGAUCAUUUUCUAACUUAAGAAGUCCAACAACUGUCAGCGAACUUCCGUAGUCUGAAGAUGAAAGGUAAUUGCCAAAAAAAAAUCUGAAGAUGAGAGUUAAACAUGUCCAUGGUUGGAUGUACUAUGUAAACUACGAUCACUCUUGGCUCCAAUGUCCCAGUUUGGAGAUUGUUCAGCUGCAUCAGUAGGUCAUUUGCCCCAGACUGAAGAUCAUCUUGGUUGCAAUGAUCGCCGGCUAUUCCAAACAAGAGGAGAGAAAAUGGAUGAAGAAAGUUUUUGCUGAUUCGUUAUGUAGCAAAUGUAUAUGAACAGACUAUAUUUAUUAAUAACUAAGAACUACACUUCUUUUGAGAAAAUGUAAGAAUUACACUUGCUUUCUUGUUUUAUAACUUACGCUAUUUUAGAGAGUGGAAGUUUAACAGAUUUUCAACCAUGGA